AUGGCCACCUUCAGACUCCACAUCUCCUGCGCUCUCCUCCUCGCUGGUGUUGUGCUUCUGGGGACAAAUCAAGGGGGCAUGGAAGCCAUGGCUUGCCCUCAGUACUGCCUGGAGGUCGACUACAUAACCUGCCCGUCCUCCGGCUCACAGAAGCUCCCGGCGAGGUGCAACUGCUGCAUGGCUCCCAAAGGCUGCACGCUCCAUCUCCCCGAUGGGAUCAACCAAACUUGCUCUUAA